AUGAGCUACGCCUGCUUCGACGCCGAUGGCGACGUCCGCUUCAAGCCGGCCGCCAUGCUCACACCCGACAGCAUGAUCAACAUCGACUUCGUCAUCCGCCCCGUGGACAAAAGCGAGGACAGGCUGCGCUUCGCCGACGCCCGUCCCAAAACCGUACUCGUGCGGUACCCCGACGGCACACAGAGCGCUGUCGUCCCGUUCUCGGACGUCGUCGUCGAAUGGACGCCGGCGACGUCGGGCGAGCCCAAAUGGGCCCGUGACGACCUGCCGAGGCAGUGCGGCAAGGGCGUCGCGCACACAAUCUCGAUCGGCGUUCGCACGUCCGUCAUGGACGCCGUCUACAAGAAGCUCUUUGCUACAUUCGUGAUACCCGCCAAGAGGGUCGUGGUCGGCGAGCGCAUUUGGUUCGCCGUUGAGGCGCCUCGACGCCUUGCCUUUACUGCAGCCGUCCCGGGAGGCAAAAGGUUCGAGGGCGCCGACGUCGAGGACUUCAUGCAAACGGCCAAGAGCUCGAUUCUCGGCGACGUCGGCGUCGGCAUGUCGCUGGCUCCCAUGGAGGACGAACCGGGCCUCUUCCAGCUCGAGAUGAGGCUCAUCAACGUCCAUGUCCGAGACCACACGCCCCUCUCGUCGCCGCGCACCAUCCAUCGCGUCGACAACGUCGAUACGGGCGGCCAUGCAAGCCCCGAGCUGGAGCCGAUGCUCGCCGCCUACGCCGCUCAAGUGCCGUCCCUGAGCGACAUGCUCUCGUGCGCCUUCCGACGCAGCUGUGCCGGAGAAAAGCACUAA